UCUUUUUCAAAACAAAUUCUCUCGUGCUCUUCUGUAUUUUCGGAUUUAACAUUUUGUAAACUGCUAUUGUACUAAUCAAGAAAAAACUUUUAAAUUACGUAAAGAAAUUUCAAGCAGUCUUUUUUUUAUUAUUGAUAUUGCUGUAAGGCAGGUUUCACCCAAGAAUUAAUUAGUUGUGAAACAUUUCGAAAAACUUUGAUCAUGUUAAGUGCAAUAACAUUUGAUUGGAACCAAGAGAAGUGCUGCUUAAGCAAAUUUUCUUAUUGAAGUAGUUGUGAGGUUUAUUCCGAGUUUCACCGACGUUUCAAAUUUCCUCUCUCCUUCAAUGUAUCAAAGUCUUUUACUUUACAGGAAGCUACAUUAUUUUUCUCUCUGAAGGUAAGUUUUGUAAGAAGCAAAAUGGUAAAUAUGGAACUUGCAAGUCAAGUUGCUCCUGAUGGAUGGAGACGAGAAAUUAAAAUACGAAAAUGUGGAAAAACAGCUGGUAAACAAGAUGUUUACUUUUAUGGGCCCCAAGAUGAAGUUUUUCGCUCAAAAAGAAGCCUACAGAAGUAUUUAGAAGAAACUAAGUCACAGUAUCAGAUUACUGAUUUUAACUUCAAAACCUCAUCUGAACCAUUGGUGUUAUGCAAUAACAGUGGACCCUGUCAUAGGACAACUGUUGAUCAUUUGGAAUCUGAUAAUGGUACAAAAUUUACUAUGCAGGAAAAAAUACAUGAUCCCAACAGCUAUGCUGUGAAAGGAAAUAUUGAAUUACUUGAAGAUAGUUUCAACAGUAGCAUAAGUAAAGAAAGAUUUGAAACAGGAAUUAUUUCUGGUAGCUUAAAAGAAGAAAAUCGUUUCUGUCAUGCUGAUGAAGUUUCUAAUAACAUUGAUAAAUCACACAAAAAGGAGUCUAAACUUGGGAGUAAAAAAGAGAAACUUGAUCAGAUAAGUCGCUUCUUCAGAAAGCCUAAAUGCACAUUAAAAACUCCAAGAUUUUUCAAAGGAAAUUGCAAAUGGAUUCCACCCCGUUCACCAUUUAAUUUAAUUCAAGAGGACCUUUACCAUGAUCCCUGGAAAUUGUUGAUUGCCACAAUUUGUUUACAAAAAACAACAGGUUUAUGUGUUAAAAAAGUUCUUCCGGAAUUUUUUUCAAAGUUUCCCUCUCCUCAUGCAACACUAAAUGCGAAAAUAUCCGAUAUUGUGAGCACUUUGCAAUGUCUUGGACUUCAACAAAAAAGAGCUGCCAUAAUUUUAAAAUUUACUGAUGAAUAUCUCCAUAAAAGCUGGAAGUAUCCAAUUGAACUACAUGGCAUUGGGAAGUACGGAAAUGAUUCUUAUCGCAUAUUUUGUGUAAAUGAAUGGAAACAGGUCAAGCCAAAAGACCAUAUGCUUGAAAAAUAUCAUGUAUGGCUGAAAACAUUAAGGUGAUAUGUGGGUUGUUAAUGUAAAAGAUCAUAGUGUGAUAGCUAAUUUGUUAAUAAAUGUACAUAUAUUUUAAUUACCUAAUGUAAUGUCUAAUCAGUUAAUUGAAUAGACUAUUUUAUGCUUAUUAAAUUGAAAUGAAAAAAAUGUUUCUUUCAAUUGAUUGAAAAUUUUUCUCAUGCUUUUAUUAUUUUUAAGGACAUUUUCAAGUUAUUAAUAAAUUGAU